GGAAGAAGACGGAGGGAGAGAUCGUAUGCCAAGAGGGGGAGGGAAGUACGAAAUGAUGGAGGACUCGGCUCCACCGCCAAAAUCAGUUUCCAAAAUAACAGCUGUCAUAAUAGUAUCAUGUGUGGUUCUGGCGAUUAUUAUUAUCGCGAUCGUCGUCGCUGUCUACGUUCCGAGCGGGGUUCCGUAUACCUCGAUUCGACUACCUCUCAACGUAAUACCACAGACAUACGAUAUUUUUUUGCAUCCAAACUUAACGACCGAAGAGUUCGCAGGAACUGUCACAAUCCAGUUAAAAGUUGUCCAAGAAACAUCGUCAGUUAUCGUACACAUGAAAGACUUGAAGUUUACUAGGACACCUGAAAUCACGCCCGUUGUUUCAAAACGAGACACGGUUACGCAAGAUAUCAGAGUAAAGGACACGGCACCGAUAAACGACUUGGAGAUGAUGUACCUCGAGCUGUCCCAGGAACUGCAAGUCGGUAUGUUGUAUAACUUGAAGAUGAGCUUCAGCGGUCAGCUGAAUUCGGAAGGACUCGACGGUUUUUAUAAAAGCGUCUACAAGGCGGCAAAUGGCGAGGAAAGAGUUAUAGCGACAACUCAUUUUGAACCGACUGCAGCUCGUAAAGCCUUCCCAUGUCUGGAUGAACCUGAGUUGAAAGCCAACUUUACCAUGAAGAUAGUACGAGACAAGAUGCAUAAAGCGCUGUUCAACAUGCCAUUGGUGGAACCACCGUUGGUCGCAUCCACUAACUACGGGGACAAUCUCAUGCAGGAUAAUUUUCAGACGACCGUUAAGAUGAGUUCGUAUCUGGUCGCUUUCAUCGUUUGCGAUUUUGAUUUCAGAAGUAAUACGACAACGACUGGUAAAGAGGUUCGUGUUUAUGCUCCAUCAGACACCAUAGAUGAAGUGGAAGUGGCAUUAUCGGCCGGUACCAAAAUAUUGGAAUAUUACGAGGAGUAUUUCAGUGUACCAUACCCACUUCCCAAACAAGAUAUGGUAGCUAUUCCAGACUUUGCUGCGGGUGCAAUGGAGAAUUGGGGAUUAAUAACUUAUAGAUUGACGGCACUGCUGUACAAAGAAGGUGUUACAUCAGAGAGGAACAAACAAUGGGUUUGUAUCGUGGUAGCACACGAACUUGCACAUCAGUGGUUUGGUAAUUUGGUUACCAUGGAGUGGUGGAAUGACCUGUGGUUAAAUGAAGGUUUUGCUAGUUAUGUGGAAUACAUCGGAACCAAUCAUACCUAUCCAGAAUGGAAAAUGCUGGACCAGUUUAUUUACUUAACCACACAAGAAGCUUUGGUAGAAGAUAGUCUGAGUAACUCUCAUCCGAUUUCAGUGCCAGUCACUGACCCCAAUGAAAUUAACGAGCUAUUCGAUGGUAUAUCAUAUGACAAGGGAGCAUCUAUUAUUAGGAUGUUGGAAAAUUUUCUGACACCAGAUGUGUUCAGACAGGGUCUAACUGACUACCUGACGAGACAUCAAUACGGGAAUGCCAGGACUGAUGACCUAUGGGAAGCCAUGACAAAGAGCAGCGAAACCAAUGGAGAAAAAGUAAAUGUGAAAGAGGUUAUGGACACAUGGACGUUACAGAUGGGGUACCCCGUGGUGACGCUGUCACGAAAAGGGGGCAAUAUAACCGCUACACAGGAACGAUUUUUGAUUUACCCCGAAGGCGAACCAUCUACAGAAUUCACAUCGCCAUUUGGCUAUAAAUGGCAAAUUCCAUUGACCUUUAUAACCUCAGACAACAGUAAACAAGAAACAAAGUUGAUGAAAGAAGACACAGAAACUGUCCUGAAGGGAAAUCCAACAUGGAUCAAAGGCAACGUCGACGUCGCUGGUUUUUAUCGAGUAAACUACGACAGCUGGGAUGCCAUCAUUCAUACAUUGAAGACAAAUCAUAAUGAAUUCACGUCAGCUGAUCGAACUGGACUGAUUGAUGACGUUUUUCAUUUUGGAAGGUCUGGACAUGUUUCACAGAUAACAGCUCUAGAUAUGUCGCUUUAUUUAAAAAAUGAGACAGAUUAUGUUCCCACGGUAACUGCUAUAUCUAAUUUGAAAUAUAUUGGAAAAGUUCUUCUGGGAGAUGAAAAUGGUUAUAAACUAUACAAGGAUUACAUUUUACAACAAUUUGACCAUCUCAUAUCAAACGUUGGUUGGGAAGAUGUUGGAGACCAUUUACAAAAAUUUAUGCGUAGCAGUGUGUUGAGUUUAGGUGUUUCAUACGGUCAUGAAGAUGCAACAAAAAAAAGUCUGGAAAUAUUCAACAAAUGGAAGACUGACUCAGAAGAAGUUAGCGCUAAUCUAAAGGACACUGUCUACUAUUCUGGUAUCCGCAAUAACGGCAACGAUGCGUGGGAUUUCGUGUGGGAUAAAUACCUAGCAUGGAGCCUGGACGAAAAAAAAAUCCGUUCUCAGGAUACUGUUUCUGUAGUGUCUCAGAUCGCUGGCAAUCCUUUCAGAGGACGCGAGUUGGUUUGGGAUUUUGUUACCAAAAACUGGCAGACUUUCCUUGAUAGAUAUUCGACUGGUUCAUUUGAAAUGGAUAACCUGAUAACUGCAAUGACGACAGGAUUCUCAGAAAGAUCUGACCUUGAAAAGAUUGAGACAUUCUUUGCAGCCAAUCCUGAUGCAGGUAGCGGUACACGUGCUAUCAAACAAGCGAUUGAAGCGGUGAACAUGAAUGUUGCAUGGGUGGAGGCUCAUAAGGAGGAAGUCAUUGAUUGGCUGAGUCAAAAUGCGCAAAAUCCUCCUCGUAUGGUGCGUGAUAGACUAUGAAGUAUUCUCCCAAGAUGCAUUGCAGUUGUUUAGUUUCAGAGUUGUGGGUGUUCAGACAAAUAGUGCGAUAUAUUAAGUAUAUUGAAUUCUAUUGUAAGACUGUGAAUACUGUAAACACUGUCAACACAAACAUUACGAAUAUUGUAAACAGUGUGAACACUAUGAACACUAAUGCAAAUAUUUUGAACACUAGACACUAAAAUCUAUGAGCACUACAAAUCCUGACCUCUGCAAAAACUGUAAACACUACAGACACUGAAAACUAUGAACACUGAACACUACAAACACUAAAAAAAGGGAAUACUAAACACUGUGAACACUGAACACUACAAACACUAAAAAAAGGGAACACUGUGAACACUGAACACUACAAACACUAAAAAAAGGGAAUACUAAACACUGUGAACACUGAACACUGAACACUACAAACACUAAAAAAAGGGAAUACUAAACACUGUGAAUAGUACAAACACUAAAAGCUCUUUGAAACACUCCCAAACCCUUCAGCCAAUCGUUGAAUUCUAUGGCCUAGCCAUGAUGUUGUCUUUCCAAUAUUGAAAAAUACACUUCAAAUGUAUAUCAGAAAACACUGUUAAUGUUAGAAGCUUACAUAUAGUUGGAAAUAAUUGAAACAUAGGUAAGAAGGCUGCUUGUAAUACUUACAUAAAAUGGAAGCAUUUAUGUAAACUAGCCCCAGUAUCAGAGUCUGGUUGUACUUGCAAUGUAAUGUGCCACAUGGGUUACAUGUAGAUUCAGGUGGGAGUGAUGUAACCCAGUCGUUUGACAAUAUUAUCAGAUAAAAGCUGAAGAUAAUGUACUUACUUGUACUAGAUCUCGUAUUUCUCCUCGUAGCCAUCCCCAUAUUCGGCUUGUAGUUAAAGAUUAAACACUAUUCAACAUUGGUGAACAUUAAAUACUGAUAAAAAAUGAACACAAGCAAACAUUAAACGUUUGUGAACAUUGAACACUAGCUAACCUUGAAAACUUGCGAACUUUGAACACUAGCUUAAACAUUGAACAUUUGUGAACAUUGAACAUUAGCCAACACUGAACACUUGCGAACAUUGAACACUAGCCAACAUUGAACACUUGUGAACAUUGCACACUAGCCAACACUGAACAAUUGUGAGCAUUAAACACUGGUCAGCAUUGAACACUAGUCAGCAUUGAACAUUUGUGAACAUUGAACACUUGCCAACACUGAACACUUGCGAACAUUGAACACUUGUGAACAUUGCACACUAGCCAACACUGAACAAUUGUGAGCAUUAAACACUGGUCAGCAUUGAACACUAGUCAGCAUUGAACAUUUGUGGACACUAGCACACAUAGAACAUUGGUGAACAUUGAACACUGGGCAACAUUAUACAUUGGUGAAUAUUGAAAUCUAGUUGAACAUUUAUGGAAAUAUUGCACCUAUAUGGAAAAACACUGGAGAGACUCAACAGCGGAUGAGUCAUCACAUUUUGUGAACAAGUACAAUCAAGACACUGGGAGUCUUCAAAACAAAUAUUUUUUCUCAGAGGUCAUAAACUCAUGGGAAUCAUUUCGCUCUUGUCUGGUUGCUUCAUCAUAUGAACAGUGUUUUCUGCCUUAACGUA